GAACAACCCGUGAGGAAGAAACCCAAAACUGUUGCACCAAAAUCUUCAGCGAAAUCUCGUGAAGCAGCUGGAUCAUCACAGCAGCCGCCGGAUGAACCACCACCAGAGGAACAACCCGGGAUGAAGAGAACGAAAAUGGUUGCACCGAGAUCUCGUGAAGGAGAACCAUCAAGGCAGCCGCCACCUGCUAUUCCAGAAGUUGAGGAGGAAGAUGAGGAAGAAGAUGAUGAUGGAGAGGGAGAGGGUCCAUCCGGCUCAUAUUUCAGAUUUCGUGGGUCCACCUAUUCCCUCUGCAAAAUUAUUAAGUACUGGAAAGGAGAU